AUGUUAUUGGUUAGGGAAUAUUGUGCCAACAUAUUUUUUGUCUUCGUUAUUCACCUUCGUUUUCACACUCUACUGCUCUACUGUCCCUCUCUAUCAAGUCCAGACAAUAUAAUGGAAGAAAUACAGUCUCAAUCAGAUAACUACAGAUCUUCAUCAUCUUCAGCCAGUAGUCCAAUUACUAAAUUACCCUCCAGUCACUUCUACUACUUAAGAAAACCCGGUUCUUUAAGAAACCCAAUUUCAUUCGAGGAUUCACCAGAUUGGGACGACACAGAUGUUGAGCUCAAGGUGGAGGAGGGUCGCGACACCAUUAACGCCGCCACCACAACAGCUUCACCAUCUCCUUCCAAACUUAAUAGCAGGUCCACGUCAUCAUCAUCACCACCACCACCAUCCCCACCACCACCGGUGGCUAGAAAGAUUUCAGGCGCUUCAAUUGUAUGGAAGGAUUUAACAGUCACCAUAAAGAGUAAAAGAAAGUAUUCCGAUAGGGUCAUAAAAAGCUCAAAUGGAUUUGCUUUACCUGGAACAAUUACAGUGAUCAUGGGACCUGCAAAAUCGGGGAAAUCUACCCUUUUGAAAGCUCUUUCAGGAAGGUUGGAUGAUUCCGCAAAAGUAUAUGGUGAAGUAUUUGUAAAUGGCGCAAAGUCAUCCUUGCACUAUGGAUCAUAUGGAUUUGUCGGGAGGAAAAACACACUUAUUGGCUCACUAACAGUGCGUGAAUAUCUCUACUACUCAGCACUACUUCAACUUCCUGGUUUCUUGUGUGAGAAAAAAAGUAUUGUUGAGGAUGCAAUUCUCGCAAUGUCAUUGAAUGAUCAUGCAAACAAGCUUAUAGGCAGCCAUUGUUGUACAAAGGGUCUUUCUAAAGGUGAAAAAAGACGCAUCGCCAUUGCUAGGGAGCUCAUAACGAGACCACAUCUUUUGUUCAUAGAUGAGCCUCUGUAUCAUCUCGACAGUGUCUCUGCACUACUUAUGAUGGUGACAUUAAAGAAGCUUGCAAGCAAUGGGUUGACACUUAUUUUCACAAUUUACCAAAGUAGCACUGAAGUUUUUGGUCUGUUUGACCGAAUUUGUCUUCUUUCAAAUGGAAACACUUUGUUUUUUGGAGAGACAUUGGCUUGCUUGCAGCAUUUCUCAAAUGCUGGAUUUCCUUGCCCCAUCAUGCAAAGUCCUUCUGAUCACUUUCUUCGUGCCAUAAAUACAGACUUUGACCGGAUUAUUUCAGUCUGCAAAAAUUGGCAGGAUGACAAUGGGGAUCUUUCAUCGGUUAAUAUGGACACUGCAAUAGCAAUUCGUACGCUUGAAGAAACCUACAGAUUGUCUGCUGACGUGGCAGCAGUUGAGACAAUGAUACUAAGGCUAACCGAAAGGGAAGGCCCGUUGCUCAAAAGCAAGGGUAAGGCAAGCAGUGUGGCAAGAAUUGCAGUAUUGACUUGGAGAUCAUUUUUGAUUAUGUCAAGGGAGUGGAAAUAUUAUUGGCUUCGGUUAAUUCUUUGCAUGAUGCUUUCGCUAUGUAUUGGCACUAUGUUUUCGGGAUUAGGUCAUUCGCUAUUGUCCGUUGAGAUGAGAGUUGCUGCGAUCUUUAUGUUUAUAUCUUUUACGUCGCUUUUAAGUAUUGUUGGAGUACCUAUGCAAUUAAAGGAGGUGAAGGUGUAUGCUUGUGAAGAUUCAAAUGGACAUUCGGGAGGAUUUGUUUUCUUAAUGGGUCAAUUCAUGGCUAGCAUUCCCUUCAUGUUUCUCAUCUCAAUUUCAUCAAGUCUAGUCUUCUACUUCCUCGUUGAGCUUCGAAGCGAGUUUAGCCAUUUGAUGUAUUUUGUGCUCAACUUUUUCAUGUGUCUUUUGGUUAACGAAGGCCUCAUGUUGGUUGUUGUCACCAUAUUGCAAGAUACGUUUUCGAGUAUUUCAACGCUCGUGUUUAUACACGUAGUGAUGAUGCUUUCGGCUGGCUAUUUUCGAAUUCGAAGUGCUUUGCCUAGGCUAGUAUGGAUGUACCCUCUAUCCUACAUUACUUUCCAUACAUUCUCAAUUCAGGGAAUCUUGGAGAAUGAAUAUAGUGGAGUUUCAUUUGCAGUGGGGGAAAUGAGGACAGUUUCGGGUUAUCAAGCUCUUGAAAACGUAUAUGAUGUGUCUCCGAAUGAACAUUCCAAGUGGAAAAAUUUAUAUAUUCUUUCUUUUAUGGCUAUUUGUUAUCGAGUUCUUGUGUUCCUUUUGCUACAUAUUCGUGUCAAGAAGAAUGUUUCUUUAUUCAGAUUUGUAUGUUGUAAAAUGAAGAUCAAUGUCGCACAAUGAAUAAA